UUCUGUUGUUUUAAACAGGCGAUUAAUUCUUUAGACUGUCAUCAUGGGUAUCCGAGGACUAAUGAGUUUUGUGGAAGAUCAUAGUAAUGAGUUCUUCACUGAUUUGAAGUUGCGGGACACAAAAAUUGUCAUUGAUGGUUAUGCUCUUUUCCACCGUCUUUGCUUCAGUUCAAACUUGGAUCUCCGGUAUGGAGGGGACUAUGAUUCUUUUGCAGAUGUUGUACAAAAAUUCUUUGAAUCACUGUUUGCUUGUAAUAUAUGCCCAUAUGUUGUAUUAGAUGGAGGAUGUGACAUUUCAGAUAAAAAGCUUACGACUUUAAAGGAUAGAGCUAGAGAGAAGAUCCAGAUGGCCCAUUCCCUUUCUGUUGGUGGGAGUGGGUAUGUAUGUCCCUUACUCAUCCGGGAAGUAUUCAUACAGGUUUUGAUCAAGCUGCGGGUAUGUUUUGUCCAGUGCUUUUCAGAAGCAGAUCGGGACAUUAUGACACUUGCUAACCAUUGGAAUUGCCCUGUGUUAUCGUCAGAUAGUGACUUUUGCAUUUUUGACGUGAAAACUGGGUUUUGCCCAUUGAAUAGCUUUCAGUGGAGAAAUAUGAACACUAUUAAGGGCACACAAAACUAUAUCCCUGCCAAAUGCUUUUCCCUUGAUGCAUUCUGCCAUCACUUCAGCAAUAUGAAUAAAGCUCUACUACCUCUCUUUGCGGUGCUAUGUGGAAAUGACCAUAUUAAUCUACCCAUCAUGGAGACAUUCUUAAGUAAAGCACGUCUUCCUCUUGGAGCUACCAGUUCUAAAGGGAGGAGACACCACCGAAUCCUGGGACUUCUGAAUUGGUUGUCUCAUUUUGCCAACCCUACCGAAGCACUAGAUAAUGUUCUGAAAUACCUCCCAAAAAAGGAUCGAGAAAAUGUUAAGGAACUUCUCUGCUGUUCGAUGGAAGAAUACCAACAGUCCCAGGUGAAGCUGCAGGACUUCUUCCAGUAUGGUACUUAUGUCUGUCCAGAUGCCUUGAAUCUUGGUUUACCAGAAUGGGUAUUAGUGGCUUUAGCUAAAGGCCAGCUAUCGCCUUUCAUCAGUGAUGCUUUGGUCCUAAGACGGACCAUUCUUCCCACACAGGUGGAAAACAUGCAGCGACCAAAUGCCCACAGAAUAUCUCAGCCCAUCAGGCAAAUCAUCUAUGGGCUUCUUUUAAAUGCCUCACCACAUCUGGACAAGACAUCCUGGAAUGCAUUGCCUCCUCAGCCUCUAGCUUUCAGUGAAGUGGAAAGGAUUAAUAAAAAUAUCAGAACCUCAAUCCUUGAUGCCGUAGAACCGGCCAAGGAUCAUUCUGACUUAAGCAGAUUGACUGAGCUCUCCCUGAGGAGGCGGCAGAUGCUUCUGUUAGAAACCCUGAAGGUGAAACAGACCAUCCUGGAGCCAAUCCCUACUUCACUGAAGUUGCCCAUUGCUGUCAGUUGCUACUGGUUGCAGCACACUGAGCCCAAAGCAAAGCUACAUCAUCUACAAUCAUUACUGCUCGCAAUGCUAGUGGGGCCCUUGAUUGCCAUAAUCAACAGCCCUGGUAGGUAACUGGAAAUUACAGGAGUAUAUUGUGGCAUGUUGCUUGCAAACUGUUUACUCGAGUUUACACAAAAAAGUAUUCUUGGAUUAUUUACUCCCAUUAAUUAUAUCAGAACUUAGAUGUGGAGGCACCAAAAUAUCAUUCAUUCAUUGGUAAAUAUUUUUUAACACUUCAUGUGCCAGGCUCAGUGCUGGAGGGCUUGAAUCUUAAGUAUACAGCAGUGAGAUGUGCUGGGAUACUGCCAACUCCCAUCUGUUUGGUGGCACCUACUGCUUAACUUGUGAAGUGUGACAGUGUAUUUUGCCAGCUGCAUUUUGUAUUCCAUGUUACCUAUCCAAUUAUUAGCACAGCAGCAAUGUCAUCAUAAGAAACUUGCCCAGAAGUGAAACUUCUAAAUACCUACAACCACUUCAUUCUUGCUUACACAUCUUUUUAUUCCUUUUUCUCUGCUGUAAGUUUCAAUUAGUAUGUAAGUAGUGAUGGAAGAAAUAGUAAUUUGUCUUUUUUUUUUUUUUUUUGAGAUGGAGUCUCACUCUGUUGCCUAGGCUGGAGUG